GUAAUAUUGUUGACGCAUUUAUUUAUCCUCGACGACGUAAACCAAGAUAUAUUUUUGUAUUUCAUUAGCAAAAUAAACUAAGAUGUUAGAUCCUCCAGAAUCAGAAAGUUCAAUUGUUCCGGUUCACAAUGGCAGAGGAAAGUCAAGUGAAUUAUCAUUAGAGUCGCAAAAUAGUGAUACUUCUAUAAAUGGACAGGGACAGGUAUUGUGUACACAUGAUGGGAUAUUGCUAAAGAAAGCUACGGCGGAAUUUAUAACUGAUAUUAAUAAUAGUGGCUCACUAAAUCUAGUAGAAUAUACAACCCCACACAAGCACUUGACGAUCGAGUGGCGACCUGAUGAAAAUAUUUUCAUAGAAGCGGAUGAUGACAGUCAAUGGGCCUUAAUUGAUACCAUAUCAAAAAGAGAAAGAACUUUAUCGGAAAGUAAAGUCUUUAACUCAAAAUUGGAAAAUACAAAUGUUAAAAUUCGGUGUUUUCGUACUGACAUUGAGGAGCUAAGGUCAAUUGAAGUGUUGUCUAGAGGGCAGAAAAUUAGAUUUAUCAGAUUAGAUGGAACUAUUCAAAGCGAAUACUUUUUCCAAAAUGGAAACGCCGAAAAUUUUGUAAAAACACUUCAACAUUUACAUAUUCUCACUCCAAGUCAACAUAACAAAAGGGAAUAUAUUGUUUUGAAUCUUGAAGCACAAAAAUUAAAGAAAACUUUUGCAGAAUUAAAGAUUGAUGAUAUAAAAAACGCACAGCCGGGGUCAGGUGGGUGGUUUCAAAACAAACUUGUAGACUUUUUGGUAAAAGUUCCUGAUUAUGUAGCACCACAGCCUUUAACUCGCAAUGUGCGAGUGAUUCCGAAACCAGAUGAAUAUGAAGUAUUAGAUGAAGAUAACAGCUCUAAUACAAAAUCAAAUGAUCAAGAAAUAACAGAAUUUAAUGAUAAAACGCCAAAAGUUGAAAGAGUUUUACCUGAGAGGAAAAUGAUUGAACGAGGUUCCCCCUUAACGGAAAAGCAAUGGAGAGAGUUUCAAACGGAAGAUGGCAGAAUAUCGGAUCCAACCCGUAUAAAAGAAGCUAUAUUUCGUGGUGGAGUUGAUAAGAAUAUAAGAUGCGAAGUUUGGAAGUAUUUAUUAAAUUAUUACGAUUGGGAUGAUACGACUGUCGCAAAAGUUUCAAGAAAAGAGAAGAAACGAAAAGAAUAUUAUCAAAUGAAAGCUCAAUGGCUCUCCAUUUCAGUUACUCAAGAAAAAAACUUUACAGGAUAUCGUGAUCGAAAAUGUCAAAUAGAAAAAGAUGUAAAAAGAACCGAUCGAACACAAGAAUUUUUUUCUGGUGAAAAAAAUCCAAACAUAGGCUUGCUUCAAGAUAUUUUAAUGACAUACGUAAUGUAUAAUUUUGAUUUAGGAUAUGUUCAAGGAAUGAGCGAUUUGUUAGCCCCGAUUCUAUCGAUUCAACAAAAUGAAGUAGAUGCUUUCUGGUGUUUCGUAGGAUUUAUGGAUUUAGUGUAUUCUAAUUUUGAUGUCGAUCAGGCCGGAAUGAAAAAACAAUUAAGCAACUUAAAUACAUUACUUCAGUUUUGCGAUGAAGAAUUAUUUGAAUAUUUAAAAGAGCAUGGUUCUGAUAAUAUGUACUUUUGUUUUAGAUGGCUUCUUGUGUGGUAUAAAAGAGAAUUUUCUAAUGAUGAUAUUUUAGAAUUAUGGGAAUGCUUAUGGACUCGUUUACCAUGUCCCAAUUUUCAUCUUUUAGUUGGUAUAGCAAUACUAGAUCAACAAAAAAAUACUAUAAUCGGAAAUGAGUAUGAGUUUAAUGAAAUUCUGAAAUGUAUAAAUGAACUUUCAAUGAAAAUAAGUUUAAAACCUACUUUAAAGUUAGCAGAAGCUAUAUAUGGUCAAAUAAAGGAAUCAAAAGAUUUAACUAACGAAAUUCGAGUUAUUAUUGGAGAAGAUAUAGUACCAGUUGAUUGUAAUCUUGAAGAUGAUUGUGAUGGCGGUGAUAGCAAGGAGCAAGAAUUCGAUGAUAGCUUCGGUCAAUUUGAUGUAAGAGAAUUAUCUCCUGAAGAAGAAAGAACCCGCCAGGAGAAAUUUGAAGAAGCUUGUGAUCAGUCAAUGUAUCUUUCAUUUCUUUGAAUUGAUUUUUUUAAGUUACUAAUGAACGGUAAUUUCAUAACCAAAGCCUUUAUUAAAUACAGUUAGAUUAAAAUGAAAUUGUAGUACGAUAUUUAUUAUUACUAAAAUUUAUAUACUAAAUUACUACUAAAAUUAUAUUUAAUAUCAGAUUAAUAUUGUAAGAAGUAAAAACAUAGUCUUUCAAACUCUUUGAA